AUGACAAAACCACGCCCUAGAGCCGUCAGCUCGCUAGAUUCUCAAUCUAGUUCCUUUUCAAGUACCAUUAUGGAACAUUUGCAGAGAUGGAUGCUAUUAUUUGUCGUUUGCGUGAAUACUGUCAUUUGUCUCUUUGUGGUUAGUUUUUGCACGCUAUAUCGCAGCUCUUGUGGCCUCAUGAGUUUGGAUGGAGUGCAUUUAUUGGUUAAAAAUAGCCAUAGUAGUUUGGUGGCUACUUUAGCUCUCAAGCAUGCGAACGCUUCAGCCAAGGUUGACCAGGUGCUUACAUCGGUGUUGCAGUUGUUCUAUGUUGUAGAUACCGCAGACCAAUCUCUGAGCAUUGCUGGCCUUGUAUUGGGCAAUGAGUGGCUACGAUGUGGAUUGGAUCAUACUGAAGGUACUGCUGCUGUUCCCAGUGACUCGGUGGAUAUGAAAGAGACAACUUCAUCUAAAGGCGAGACUUCACACCGCAAGCGGAAGUCUGUCACUUUUAACGAGCAUGUGGAAGUACGCCUUAUUGCUAAUACUAGUUUUGGUGAAUAUCAGCCGGGGUAUUUUGCAAAUCGGUACAGCCUGGUAAACAACUUCACUCUCAUACCGGCUAACACAUUCGUACAAUAUUGCUAA